UUCAAUAAAUUAUUAGAAAACAUAACAAAAACUUUUUAUAUACAGUCUAUGCUUAGAAUACGUCAGAAAACGCGCAGGUUACUGAUAAACAACGAGCGUGGAAAGCCUGCAGAUCUCGCGAUAUUUUGGAAUGACUAAAUUAAUGUUACACAACUUGUUUAGUAACAAGCAUGUUAGGAAAGCCUCUUGGUUAGUGCCGUGCCUGCCCCAUUGCCCUGCAAAGAGUAGAGAAGCCUAACUCCGUAGGUUAUGCAGUAAGUCCGAUAAAGUUAUUUUAACGACGGCGAGGUCUAUUUCCUGGUGUGGUUGCAGCACAGCUUAAUUUUGUUCCAACAAAAUGCCAGAGGGCCCAGAGCUCCACCUGGCUAGCCUUUAUGUGAACAAAAUGUGUAAUGGAGUGGUGUUUACUGGACCGGUCAGAAAAUCUGAGGUCAGCAAGAGUCCUGACGUGCCCUUCAACUGUGAGUCCUAUUGGAUCGCAGCUGCUUCCAGGGGGAAGGAAGUGAAGCUCACGCUAACGCCCUUGAAGAGUGAUGAUCCAAAACAGAGAGUAAAGGCUGAACAGGCAGACCAGCCCAUGGACAUAGUCUUCCGAUUCGGGAUUUCGGGUUAUUUCUGCUUCACCACAGAGGAUGAGCUGCCCAAACAUGCCCAUCUGUGUUUUUAUUCCAAAGAGAAACCCUGCAGAGUGCUGAGCUUUGUGGAUGUACGCAGGUUUGGAAGCUGGCAGUCCAAUGGGACGUGGCAGCCUAACAGAGGGCCCUGUGUCAUGUUUGAGUAUAAAAGCUUCAGGGAAAACGUUGUGUCGCACCUAUCUGACCACGCCUUUGACAGGCCCAUCUGUGAAGUUCUGCUCAAUCAGAAGUACUUCAACGGUAUCGGGAACUACCUGAGGGCUGAAAUACUUUUCAGGUUGAACAUUGCACCCUUUGUGCCUGCAAGGAGCAUACUGGAAGGCCUUGAGUCAGAAGAUUUAUGUGAGAAAGAGGAGCCUUUGAAAAACGAGACCCACACAAAGACCUCAGACAGAGCUAGACAGAAAAUGGUGAAAGGGCAGACUGGUGACCUGCUCAGACUGUGUCAUACAGUACCUCUUGAAGUGUUAACCUUAGGUGGAAAGGGCUACGAUCCUGUGAAGGCAGACUACUCUGGCUUUGAGGCAUGGCUGCAGUGUUACAAUGUGGAUGGAAUGAAAUCUAUCCGGGACCACAAUGGCAGAACUAUAUGGUUCAACGGAGAACCAGGGCCCAUGGCACCUAAAGAUUCAAAGUCACCUAAGGCAAAAAAAUGGAAGAAGAAAGAAGAUGACCAUGAUUACACAGACAAGAAAAAGGUGGCCAGAAGUCGCUCUGCAAGCACAACAAAGAAAAAGGUGGUCAAACAGGAAACUGUGAACAAAACGCCAAAGAAAGAGCAGGACAUGCGUUUGAAGGAAGUCGGAUCCAAGAGAAUAAAGACUGAAAAUACCCGGGGAGUAAACACACCUCCGCAUGAAAAAGGAGUCAGUCACUCAAUUGCACGUAGGAGGAAGAGCAGCAGUGCAGAGCCAACAGCUGCAGGUCCACUGAGGCGAAGUGCCAGACUGACCAAACAGAACAACAUGUAAAAAGAAAAAGGGAGGAACCACUGAAAUAUUACACAAUAUGCCUUUUUUAAUAUUUGUUAAUAAAACAUGUUUUUACAAAAGUC